CGGGCCGAGCCGAGGCGAGCCGAGCUCGGCCGCCGCGCCCCAAUGAAUGGGAUCGCCUUCUGCCUGGUCGGGAUCCCGCCGCCCGCCUCUGCGCCAACACCAGGCCGGAGAGAUGGGGCGUCCCCAAACGCCAACACGGCCCAGGGGGGACCCUUCCCCUGGGUGGGCCCGAAGACGGUCGUGCUGCGGAAGAGCCCACAGGGGGGGUUCGGCUUCACCCUCCGCCACUUCAUCGUCUACCCCCCCGAGUCAGCCGUGCACUCCCCCUCCAAGGAGGAGGAGAACGGGAACCGACCAGGUCCCCCCCGGAGCCGCCUGGAGCCCAUGGACACCAUCUUUGUGAAGAACGUGCGGGAGGACGGGCCAGCACACCAGGCUGGGCUGCGCACGGGGGACCGGCUGGUCAAGGUGAAUGGGGAGAGCAUCAUUGGGAAAACCUACUCACAGGUCAUCGCGCUGAUCCAGAACAGUGAUGAUGUGCUGGAGCUCUCCAUCAUGCCCAAGGACGAGGACAUCCUCCAGCUGGCGUAUUCGCAGGACGCCUACCUGAAGGGCAACGAGCCGUACUCGGGGGGGGCACAGAGCAUCCCCGAGCCCCCUCCCAUCUGCUACCCACGGAAGACCUACCCCUUCCAGGCGCGGGGUGCUGACCCCCCCCCCAGGCCAGCUGCCGGACCCCUGUGCCCCCCGCCCCGCUGCCGUGGGCCCCUCAUCCCCCCUCAUCCCGGCCACGCUCGCUGGCACCCGGAGCGAGACCGGCAGCCCUGCGCACCGCCCCGACGAGCCGCAGCCCGGGGGUCCCCCCCCGCGGCCCCCCACCGCACCCCACGGGCCCCCCGGCUCCUUCUCCCGCACCAGCUGCCCCAGCAACAUCUCAUCCUCUCUGCCCGACCGAUAUGGGGUCCCACCCACCGCUCCCUCCUCCUACGGGGUCCCCAAGCACCUUUCAGAGCACCGGACUCGCUGCAGCUUCAAGGAGGGUGUCGGGGGGCUACCACGGUCUGGGCGCCCCCCCCGGGAAGCCCCAGGCAGGCAGGAGUGCCAGCAGGCCCUGACCCGCUGGUUCUGCAGCCAGGACCGCGGCGCAGCGCCUCGGAGGAGCGCCGGCACGCCAUGCCGCCCCGACACCGCAGCGCGUCCCACGACCGGCUCGGGGGCUCAGCCGCAGCCCCCCGGGGCUGGCCCCACAGCGUCUCGCACGACACCUUGCUGCAGCCCUCCCGGGAGGGCUGGACCCCCCGCGCCCACUCCGACCACUACCUGGGCAGGUACGGCCGCUCCAUGGAGGCUCUGGAGCCCAGCGCCCUGCUCUCCCCUCGCCUCGACCGCUCUGCGUGGCCACCCGAGAGGCUCUGCCGGGCCACUGUCCCUGCUGCCGGGCAGCCCAUCCCGCACGGAUCCUUCGCACCUUCCUCCUCCUCCUCACGGGAACCGGUGCCAGUGCAGAAACACCCGUCUCAGCCCAACCUGCAGAGCGUGGAUGAUUCGGGCUACAUCGGCUACCGGAGCUACAGCCCGUCCUUCCAGCGCCGCACCGGGUUGCUGCACGCCCUCUCCUUCCGCGACCCGGCUUUCGGGGGCCUGCCCACCUUCAGCAUCUCACAGCGGUCAGACAGGGUGGUCCCUGCUGUCCUCCCACCCACCGGUCCCCCACCAGUCCCCACUGCACCCAGGGAGCAGCGGCCGGAGAGCAGCCGAGUGCCGGAGCAGCCGGAGGAGCGGAGGGAAGAGGUGGUUUUGCGGCAGAAGCCCCCCACGGGCCGCAAGGUGCCCGUCCCGCUGCGGCAGAUGAACUUUGUGUUCCCUGAGGGGGUGAAGGAGACGGACAUUUGUGACCCCCCCGUGGCCGGGGGCAGAGGGGAGAGGCCGGUGGCUGAGCGGCAAGGCCGGCACGUGGCUCCCUUGGCGGCCCCUGAGGACUCCCUGGCAUCCAUCCCCUUCAUCGAUGAACCCACCAGCCCCAGCAUCGACCUGAAGGCCAAACAUGUCCCUGCCUCCUCGGUGGUCUCCAGCGCCAUGAACUCGGCGCCUGCAGUUGCCACCAGCCCCUCCUCUCCCACCUUCGCCUUCGCCCUGAGCCGACACUACUCCCAGGACUGCAGCAGCAUCAAGGCUGGCCGGCGAUCGUCCUACCUCCUGGCCAUCACCACCGAGCGCUCCAAGUCCUGUGACGAUGGUCUGAAUGCAUUUCGGGAUGAGGGGAAGAUCCUAAGGAGGAUGCCCAGCCGGGUCCCCAGCCUCCGCAUGCUGAGGAGCUUCUUCACUGAUGGGUCUCUGGACAGUCUUGGCACGUCUGAAGAUGCCCGCUCCAAAAGACACUCAACCUCCGACCUCUCGGACGUCCCGUUCAGCGCCGUGAGGAAGGAGGGCUGGCUCCACUGCAAGCAGAUCCUCACCAAAAAGGGGAAGAAGGUCGGUGGAGGCAUCCGGCAGUGGAAGCGCGUCUUCGCCGCGCUGCGCACCCACUCGCUCUACCUGGGCAAGGACAGGCGGGAGGCGGUGACCUGCGCCCCGGCCCCAGGUGAGGAGGAGCCGAUCAGCAUCCGAGCGUGCCUGGUGGACAUCUCCUACAGCGAGACCAAGAGGAAGCACGUCUUCCGCCUGACGACCGCUGACUUCUGUGAAUAUCUCUUUCAGGCAGAGGAUCGGGAAGACAUGCUGGCCUGGAUCAAAGUCAUCAGGGAGAACAGCAAGGCCGAGGGCGAGGACCCCGGUUUUGCCAGCCAAGCACUUAUCAGCAAGAAGUUAAAUGACUACCGGAAAGUGAGCCCCGCAGGUGCCAAGCCUGACUCCUCACCCAAGGGCACUCGUGGGCUGGGGAUCAGAGCCGAGUUCCUGAAGCAGACGGGAACCAGUGUGCCCCGGUCCCCCAGGCAGGAUGCGGCCGUCACGAAAGAUGAGAGCGGCUCCCAAAAAGCCCCGUGGGGCAUCAACAUCAUGAAGAAGAACAAGAAAUCUGUCCCAAGGGCCUUUGGUGUGAGGUUGGAGGACUGCCAGCCUGCCCCGGACAACAAGAAUGUCCCCCUGAUCGUGGAAGCUUGCUGCAGGGUGGUGGAGGACCGAGGGCUGGAGUACAUGGGCAUCUACCGCGUGCCCGGGAACAACGCGGUGGUGUCCAGCCUGCAGGAACAGCUCAACAAGGGAGCCACCGAGAUCAACCUGCAAGAUGAGCGGUGGCAGGACCUGAACGUCAUCAGCAGUUUGUUGAAAUCCUUCUUCCGAAAGCUGCCCGAGCCCCUCUUCACCGAUGACAAGUACAACGACUUUAUUGAGGCCAACCGGAUAGAAGAUGCCAGCGAGAGGAUGAGGACGCUGCGGAAGCUGAUCCGGGACCUGCCAGGUCACUACUAUGAGACACUCAAGUUCCUGGUGGGUCACCUGAAGACCAUUGCUGACCACUCGGAGAAGAACAAGAUGGAGCCCCGCAACCUGGCCCUGGUGUUCGGCCCCACGCUGGUGCGCACGUCCGAGGACAACAUGACAGACAUGGUGACACACAUGCCCGACCGCUACAAGAUCGUGGAGACCCUGAUCCAGCACUCAGACUGGUUCUUCAGUGACAAGGAAGACAAGGGUGAGAAGACCCCCGUGGAUGAGAAGGAGGUGCAGUCAGUGCCCAACAUCGAGUACCUGCUCCCCAACAUCGGCAGGACCACGGCACCCGGUGAUGCUGCAGGCUCGACCCGCAGCGGCUCCGCCAAACCGAAGGGCACGUGGCCAUCACGGAAGGCACCGCCGCGCCGGGAGCUCCUCGCCAUCCCCUUCGUCUCGGCCGCCGCCUGCAAGAGGAAGAAGAAGAGAGAGGCCGAGGGCAUCGGGAGCAGCACCGAUGAUGACACGGAGCGCAGGGACACCCCGGGCCGGGAGCAGGAGGACAAGGGGUCUGCGCCCAGCCUGCCAGCACCUGGCCAAGCGCCCCGCGGCACGGCGGCCCCCAGCCCGGCCGGGAUGGAGCAGGAGAGUUCCCUGGAGGCUGGGGGUGCUGGGUCCGACCCGGCGCCGGACGCCCGCUCCAUCGUGUCGGGCUAUUCCACCCUGUCCACCAUGGACCGCAGCCUGUGCUCCGAGGUACCGUCGGUGGCCGGGAGCCGCGGGGAGGAGGCGGAUGAUGAGCGCAGCGAGCUCAGCCACAUGGAGACGGACACGGAGAGCCGGGAGGGCACCCGGCCCCGGCCAGGGCAGGCAGACGGGGGGACAGGGGACAAGGGACCCCCCGGCCGCCCCUCCUUCAACUCCCACCGCCUGAUCCAAUGCGACACCUUGGCCCGCAGGAAGCUGGGGAGGCCCCGACUGGCCAGCGAGACCCUCGGGGAUGAGCAGGGCUGGGUCCCCUCCGGGAGACCCUCACUGCGGGAGCAGCUCCGGCAACGCCUGCGCACCUCGACCGACGACAUGGGGGUCCGUCUGCGCCGGGCCCACUCCCCGGAGACCCGCCGCAAGAAGAGCGGCUGGCGCCGGCACACGGUGGUGGUGCCCGGUGGCCUCAAGGACCUCAACUUCAACGAGUGGAAGGAGCCGCCGGGGCUGGAGGUGCCCAGGGGACCCUGUCGGGACAAGGACUCGGGGCUCAGCAGCCUGGAAUCCACCAAAGCCCGGCCCCCCGCGCCCACCACGGCACAGCCCGGCACCGCUGGUGAGGGACCAGGCACCAAGAGCCCCCCAGGCAGCCCUCCGGCCCCCCUGCGCUUCCCCCAGUGUCUCUGACCCCCCAAACCCACCCCCCCUGCCCCCAGCCAUGUUUAAUUUAAGGACUCGGCUUCGUUCUUGUAUUUAAUUGUGCUCUUGUCAAGCUGCUGUUAUUUAAGGAGUCUGCGUAGGUGGGACAAAGCCACCUUGUCCCUUUUGGCUUUGGAGGGGCCCGUGGUGGUCCCGUGGGGCAGUCUGGCCCCAUGCCAUGAUCCCCCGGCCCCCGGGCAGUGCCAGGAGGGUUUUGGGGGGGCUAAUGGGGACUGUCCCCAGGCCGGGUGGGGGUGGUGGCCCUGCUGUCCCCAGCCGUGGUGAUGUGAAGUGCGGGCGCUUCCCAGGAUGCUGCGGCUGACCCCCCCUCCCCAGAGACCCACCCCACACCUUGGGGAGCUCGGUGCUGUCACCCUGUGCUCUGUGUCAGGGUGCUACAGAACCAGGGUGACCCUCGAGGUGAGGGACAGGAUCCCCACGGGCUGGGUCUUUGCGUGGGAGUGGGUGUGACAAGAGGGGCAUCGUGGGGUGGGGGACAUGCUGCCAUCGGCCACCAGUGGUUUGGGACAGCAUGUGUGGCAUGGACUGACACAGCCCCCUCCCCAGCCCCGCUCCCCUUCCCACCCCCCCAGGGCCAGAAGCACUUUAGGCUGGGGGUGCACUUCAGGUGCUGGGGAGUUGGGGACAUGGCUUGGGGGGACACACACAGGGACCCCCAGCCUCACAUGUGUCACCAGGUCGGGCAGCCACUGCCGGGGGGUGUCAAGUCAUGUCAUUGUUUCUCCUUGUGGUUCUCAUACGUUAUGCAAAUAUUUGCUGUAAAGUUGUUUUGUUUUCUUUAUUCUUUUUCUUUGUAAAUAUUGUCUCUGACCGUGUAACAUACAACAAAGGAUUUAUAAGGAUUUUUUAAGAAGUUUUGCUCAGCUGAGGGGCCAGCCCUGACCAGGGGAUGUGCUGGACCAGUGGUGACUUUUUAAACCCUCCUGCAUGUGCUUCCCUCCCCACCCCAGCCCCCUCCCAGUGUGUUGUACGAGUCGGUGCAGAGCCGGAAUAUGCAAAACUGCAAAAAAAAACCCCAACCAACCCCCCCAGCUUCAGCCACCCCCCCAGUCCUGGUCUAUAUAUUGGAA